GAAUUUUCGAUCUUUUCCACUUUAUCUACGAUCGCUGAAAAGCUUAAUUACGAUAAUCAAUUAAAAUUCCUGUGUUAACGAAGAGAAAAUGUGUGAUAGAGAAGCCCAGAUGGGCGGAGUCCAGGGGAGGUGAUACAAGAACAGAAGAAAGGGAAAAAUGAGUAAGUCGGAAGAUAACAAGUGGGAGGGAGGACAUUCGCGAAGAAGGAGGAAACGACAGACAACAUUGUCGUGAAAAAAUCCAAAGGAAGGAAAAUAAUAAGGAGGAAAAUGACAGUGGUUAGUGCGCAUUUAGCCGCAGUGUCUUCGAUAGAAAAUCGAGACGGGGAAAGAAAUGUAUGAAAUUUCACGAAUUUAAGAAAGAAAAUUUCACGAAAAUCGUACGUCCGCGAGGUAUAUUUCAUCGUUCUUCGUGUUCGAUUAUACCCGUAUGUUUACGGAAAGUGUCCUGAUACUAUUACUUUAUACUACUCGUACACUGGUGCAUUGUGCGUACAACGGGACCGAAUCGAGCGAAGAAUUUCUACAAAAAUGUUGCAUCCACGACAUCGACGUCAUCGAUGACCGUGAAAAUCGAUGCGACCUCGAGACACUGAACGAUACAUUGACCGUGGUAUCGUACCAUUCUCUGGGUAACGCAUUCGACACUCUAUGCUGUUCGGUUUGCUCCGAAAGUCUUUUCGAAUUGGAAGUCGAGCCGAAACGAACGGUGAACGAGCAGGAAUACAUAAAUCUCGACGAGAAAGCGAAUCCAAGACGUAGAUGUUUCAAAACCUGCAUCUCCGACGGUCAGACUAUUCGAAUUUGGAAGGACCGGAAGAAGAAUGGCAGCGAAGAUGAACAGGCAAACCGCACGUUCGCUGGGAACAGUAAUAAAAGUGAGGAGAACGAAGAUGCGUUGCAUUGCGAGAGUGUGUUUAGCUCGUUAAAUUUCUGGGGUGCCAAUAUGGUUGUGUUCGCAAACAUCAUUUACAUCUUUCCGUAUGCGAUCGUCGUGUCGAUCUAUCUAGCCGUGCUGAGAAAAAGCACUCGAGCUUAUCACAAAGCCGUAUUGUGGUACAACGUGUCGCAGCUCAUUUUGAACGCAAUUUUGAUCGGUAUCGGAGCUUGCAUCUUAUGUCACGUGUCGAUUCAUUCAAACGUUUACUCGAUUCUGGGAUUGUUAAUAAUGUUUCUUACGAUUUCCUCGACUUUCUGGCUGCUGGUUAUUUGUAUAGACAUGACGUUGGUUAUCACGAGAUUUCGUUGGGCAUCGUCGAACAGCGCGGACCAGGAAGAGGAGAAGGAAAAAUUUGUUACGUACGCCGGUUGGGCGUGGGGCGGUUCGUUAUUACCGACUGUUAUAGUUGGAAUCGUGGAACUCACCCCGUUACUACCGAUAUCCUCCCCAGCCAGACCGAAUUUCAGUCAAUUCGAGGGCGCGAAUUUGGCUGUUAUUCUUUACGUGACGACCUUGCCCGUUAUAGCUUGUCUGUCGAACACCGUACUUUUUUGUUACACGUCGUACAAAAUGAUACUUAUACAAAAGUCAACGAAGCUCGCGACCGAGAGUAGCAGCUUCAAAACCAAUACGGUGAAAACGCGAUAUUUUCUUUUCUUGAAACUGUAUCUAUUGAUGGACGCGCCUUGGAUCACCAGCGCGUUAGCCGCUGCGUUCACCGAUCUAUGGGUAUUGAAAUUUCUACGAAUGAUCCAACCGAUUCUCAUGCUAUGCGCCAUUUUGCCGCCGGGGACGAUAUCUCACGCGUUCUCCUACGUCUGCUCGUUUCCGAAAUCGAAGCGUAUCGGCAAGACCGAUCGAACACCCUGACCGACCACUCGCCGCUAGAAUUGAUUUGACGGAUUAUCUAAUUACGUCCUGUAUCUAUACCGUACGUUUAAUCGACUCAGCGUUACGUACGUACUACCUGGUCGAGGUGAUCGAACAAAUCGAAGUAAAUCGGAUUCGAUUUGAAUCGAGUGGAAUAAUUGAGAGGCGCGUAACGAUGGAAGCUAGAAUAACUGGUAUCGAAUAAAAGACUCUGCCAGUUGAAAGAUUCACGGGUAUGGUACUCGUUUACGAGGUCCGUUAUUACACGAUUCGCGAUGUUACUUUACAACCGGCAACCCAACAGCCUACGAUACUCGAAGCAACCGAUGCUCGCUCUUUAUAUCCAGCUGACAGAAAAUCCCUACUGCCACUCGUGUAAGCUGGUGUCGUAUAGUUUACAGGGCUCGACAGAACGCGUUAUUUGCAAUCGUUCAAUUUCCCGUAUUAUACACGAUUACACGUACGCACACAUCCGACAGUCUGUUCACCUGCGCUAGAUUAGAUCGAUGGUAGGAUACAAUAAAGUUACGCAAACGGACAGCUCGGUAUCACGCGAUUCCUUGAGAUACUCCUAGAGUUACGUGACCCACAUGGACGAAAUGCAGGAUAUCUCCAUUGACGUUAAGAUUUCGUUACUCAAUGUCGCAAUGAUACCAAUUAUACAUAUUAGUUCACCUUAGUAUCAGCUAACUUGCGAUCUUGCGCUUGCACGGUGUCCCGACGUGUAUUAGAUUUCUCUAUCCACAGUUUCACAAUUUUACCAUAAUUGGGACAACAGAAUUCGAUAUUACGUAUAUCACAGGAUACCCUCUUCAUUUUUAACCGUCUCAAGGUUGCUGUUAACCCUAUAAUCGCUUGUCAAAUUUACCACCGAGAAAUUUUACAAUUUUAUAUUUUUAUAAUUUUAUUAAAUAUAAUCGAUCGUUUGUA